GUUUGGUCAAUUAUAGAUGGCUCAUGUACAGCAAGAAGACGAUUAAGGGAUUUAUCAGAAUUACCCAUAGAUUGUGGGAAUCGUUGAUCGAGAGCUAAAACGUCGACGAAAAGCGGAGUUCUUUGUAAAACUGAUCUCUUCAUACUUGUUUAGCCAAUUGUUAACUCGAUGCUUAUCUAUUUUGCCAUCAUGUCAAGAUUUUUCUUAAUAUUUGCACGUUGCCUUGAUAACAGAAAGGGUGCAUGAGCAAUCUUUGUUCAGUGCUAACCAAUGUUAUCAGGGGGUUUCAAAAAGGAGCAAAUUCAUAAAACGACAUUUCCUUGACUGUUGAGAUCAGCAAACGUCUCUAUGUUGAGAUUUUCAAGGGUGUGCCAGUGUGGUGGACAAGUGAUUGUAAGAACAAAGUCAGUUUAUUUAUAAGCUAGAUAUGAAGAAAAUCUUCGUUGUUGGUGCUGUUGUUGUGAUAGCAGUUAUAGUCAUUGCUGUUACUCUUGGUGUCGUGCUUUCGAAAAAGGACGAUGACGAAAAGGUCAAAGUCAGCCAUCCUGACAACGAGGCCUACAAAUACUCGAAAGCGGCUGUUGCCACGGAUUCUGAAAUUUGUUCCCAGGUUGGCAGUGAUAUUCUAAAGAAAAAGGGCAGUGCUGUGGACUCCGCCGUUGCUUCCCUGUUUUGCACUGGCGUUGUAAACCUUCAUUCGACUGGUCUAGGUGGAGGUGGCUUUUUAGUUUACUACAACAGGCAGAGCAAAACAUCAGAAGUUUAUAACUUUAGGGAGACGGCACCUGCAGCCUCUUCAGAAAGAAUGUUUCUACAGAAAAAUAUGUCAUCCACUACCGGUGGGACAGCUGUUGCUGUGCCUGGCGAGGUUAAGGGCCUUUAUGAACUUUGGACAAAAUACGGCAAGCUGAAGUGGGCGGAACUGAUUGACCCGUCAAUUAAGCUUGCAAGAGACGGCUUUCCACUCCCUGUUCCUGUAUUCGAGUCAAUGAAAGCAUCAGAAAGCAAGAUAAGAAACGAUCCUGGCCUGAGUAAAAUUCUCCUUGUUAAUGGUAAGUUCAAGAACAUUGGGGAUGAGUUGAAGAACCCCGAACUUGCUGCUACUCUAGAGAAAAUCAAGAACAACCCUCAUGAUUUCUAUAAUGGAUCUUUAGCUAAAGAUGUUGUGCAAGAAGUCGCUGCUAAGAACGGUAUCAUUACUGAAGCAGAUUUGAAGAGUUAUAAAGUUAGCGUUAAGAGCACAAUUUCUUUCGAUUUUGAUAAUAUGAAAAUGCAUACAAUGCCAGCUCCCGGAAGCGGUGCUGUCCUUGCAAUGGUAAUCAACAUCAUGCAUGGUUUCAAUAUCAGUGCCAAAGAUCUUGAAGACACAGCCAAAGCUGUCCAGGUGUACCAUAAAAUAGUGGAGUCGUUCAAAUGGAGCUACGCUAGAAGGGCUCUUCUUGGUGACCCAGACUUUGUCCCAGCUGAAAACAUCACACGUGCCUACAACCAAAUGCUCAACAGCACAAUUGGGUACCUCAUAAGAACGAACAAAAUCAAAUCAGAUCGAACCUUCAAUUCAAGUUACUAUGGAGGCUAUUAUGGAAAAGACGACUUUGGUACUUCACACGUAUCCAUAUUGGCAGAGAAUGGUGACGCUGUUUCGGCAACUGGAACGAUAAACUACCUAUUUGGCGGUGGCUACCGUGGCUUGAAGACUGGGAUCAUUUACAACAACGAGAUGGACGAUUUUUCGACUCCAGGAAAAGCCAAUUUGUACGGCUACCCACCAACUGCAGCAAAUUACAUUAGGCCAGGAAAAAGGCCACUUUCUUCGAUGUGCCCUGCAAUCAUUACCGAUAAAAAUGGCGACGUGAAGAUGGUGGCUGGUGCGUCAGGCGGGUCCAGAAUCAUCACAGGAACUGCGCAGGUCAUUAUGAGCAAGCUGCUGUUCGGCGUAAAACUUGGUCCCGCCGUAGCGGACCCAAGACUCCAUCAUCAGUUGGUGCCUAAUAACAUCUUUCUGAAUUCGAAUGAGAAGUACAAACUUGCAAAGGGCAUUGUUGAUGGCCUCAAAAAACUUGGGCAUAAGGUGGAAGAAAAGGGCUCGAAGUCAGUUGUGCAGGCAAUUUAUAGGGAAGAUGCAUCUACUAUAUAUGCAAUGUCAGAUCCACGGAAGAAGGGGGUACCCGCUGGAUACUGACGUAAGCAACCUUAAUAUUUGGCUUAGUUUAUAAAAGAGCUAGAUCUUUCUGUUUAUUAAGAGUGAACUUGUAACCAAGAUAUAUUCACUAUUUUGCAAGGCAUCCGCCUAUCCGAAAAUCCAAUCAAAUUUUCCCCCACAUUCUCUAUAUUUGUUAGCACUUACAUUUUUAUAAGAAAUGCAUUUUUCUAAAUAUUUCCUUAAGUUUCUUCGAUAUUUUUUUCUAGUAAUCGAAACAGCUUCUGCUUUUCUUAGUGUUUCUAUGAUAAUUUAUGUUUGUUAGUGUAAAGGGUCUGGAAUAUUUGCUUCCAAUUAAAGUGCUCCCUCAUUAUAAAACCAAUAAUUCUAAGAAACGCCAAUAAACAAUUUAAGCCUAGCCUGACCGUAGUCAGCCUCACAUAAACUGUAGUCAGCUUCAUAUUAGUCUAUUUUACCGAUAUGGAUAUGCAUCUCAUUCUAAGCUAUGUUAGUUGACCCAGUUUUUGCCUCAAUUCACCCUGCAUGAAUCGCCCUACUUUCAGGGUAUGUUCACGCUCGUACUGCAAUACCACUUUAUAGUCAUAGUCAAACUUAAGCUUUAUUUUUGCGGCAGGCGGGGAUUUGCUCCAAUAUUUCUAUUUGCGUAAAAUGGGGACGCCAGCCUAAACUCACUAAACUCAAUAUCUGGCUUAGAAACAGAAUUAUUUAGUCGAAGCUCUUUAAAAAUCCCUCUCAUUAACUAUGAAUUUGAGUCAACCAGUUACUUAGCAAGGGGUAGCAUGCCAUGCCAUUCUCCUUACGUAACACUACUGCCAGCCCUUGAAAGAUAUAUUGUCAUAUAUUCAUGCUUUUAUUACCUAUAUCUUAUACUUUUAUAAUUGAUCGUCGUAACCUUUAGUGUACAGAAUCGCCAAGACUUUGUAUUACUUCAUAUUUGAACAUUUUGCUAUUUGCAGAUAUGAUCAAGAACUAAUAAAUGUUGAAUCGAGCGGUAAAUACAAUCAUUGUCAGCACAGAGCAGGUUCUCUAUGGCCCUCGUUUGACUAGCUUUGUUUUGUAAUAGGUGUAGCCAAAUACAACACACAUACAUAUGCAGCUUAUCAGAGGUUACUGCACAAGUAUAUUGUAAUAAAGAUGUACAAACAUUUUUGUAUCUUGGAACAGCUUUUGUAUUAAAUCUAUUUCACUUGAAA